UCUCUCUCUCUCUCUCUCUCUCUCUCUCUCUCUCUCUCUCUCUCUCUCUCUCUUUUGCAACGUCAGGGAGGAGGGGUACGGAGGUCAUUAAUAAGCAAUUAGAAGGGUCACCCCCAAGCCCAUAUAUAUACCAGCUCCGGAGUUGCGUCCCAGACUUUGCGAUUUGGCCCGGAGCUGGGAAUCGGCUGGGGGGGCCCGCGCCUCCCUCCGGCUCUCUCUCUCCGCGUCCAAAGAGGUGGUGGGGCGCCUCCAGGCUCUUCCUCGCUGGCCUUCCUUCCUCAUGAUGGGCUCCGUGCUGCCGGCCGAGGCGCUGGUCCUGAAAGGGGCUCUGAAGCCCCCCAGCCUCUCCCUGGCCGAAGUCAUCACGUCGGAUAUCCUGCACAGCUUUCUCUACGGCCGCUGGAGGAACGUGCUGGGAGAGCAGCUGCUGGAGGAGAAGAGCGGAGGGGGGGUCGGGGCGGCGGCGGCCGGGGGUGGCGUUAGCGGCGGCCACGGGAACCCCAAAACGGCCUUCACGGCGGAGGUCCUGGCUCAGUCCUUCUCCGGAGAAGUCCAGAAGCUCUCCAGCCUCGUCCUGCCCUCGGAGGUCAUCAUCGCCCAGAGCUCCAUCCCUGGGGAGGGACUGGGCAUCUUCUCCAAAACCUGGAUCAAAGCUGGCACGGAGAUGGGACCUUUUACAGGCCGGAUCAUCUCCCCUGAACACGUGGACCUGUGCAAGAACAACAGUCUCAUGUGGGAGGUUUUCAAUGAAGACGGGACAGUCCGAUACUUCAUUGACGCCAGCCAAGAAGAUCAUCGCAGUUGGAUGACAUACAUCAAAUGUGCCCGGAACGAACAGGAACAAAAUUUGGAAGUGGUCCAGAUUGGGAAUAGCAUCUUCUACAAAGCCAUUGAGAUGAUCCCACCAGAUCAAGAACUGCUGGUUUGGUAUGGAAAUUCUCACAAUACCUUUUUGGGGAUUCCUGGUGUCCUGGGACUCGAAGAGGAACAAAAGAAGAACAAACACGAGGACUUCCACCUGGUCGAAGGCGGGGUCAACACCGUGGGCCGCAUGCGCUGCGUCAUCUGCCACCGCGGCUUCAACUCCCGCAGCAACCUGCGUUCCCACAUGCGGAUCCACACCCUGGACAAGCCCUUCAUCUGCCGCUUCUGCAACCGCCGUUUCAGUCAGUCCUCCACCCUCCGCAACCACGUCCGCCUUCACACUGGAGAGCGGCCCUACAAAUGCCAAGUCUGCCAAAGCGCCUAUUCGCAGCUGGCCGGCCUCCGGGCGCACCAGAAAAGCGCUCGGCACCGUCCUCCCAACGGGGCCCUGCAGCCACACUCGCCCGCUUUGCCUGUGCCGCACCCCACGGCUCUGGGACACCACAUCCCCACCAUGGUGCUGUGAAGGCUGGGGGGGGGACUCUCCUGGGGCAUACGGAGGGCGGCUUACUCCAGGGAAAGCCAAUGCUCCACAAUGGGGGGGGGGGACUGCCUCUGUGGCCUCGUGAUGCGAUCCCCCGGGGACCUCGGGCUGCCCCGCGUUGGACACAAAAGUCCGGGUUACUGUACAGUCAUCUCGGCUCUGUUCCGGUAGAGUGAUGCGGACAUAACGGUGCAGAAUAUUGGGAGAAGAUGAGGUUUUUCAGCAGUUUUCGUGCGGGCAACCAGGCGAGGGAAGGAGUCUGGGCUGUUUUUUUUCCAAAAGAGACUUUUUAAUUUGGAGGGAAGGAUUUGGAUCCGUUUUUUUGGGGUGGGGGGAGGACGAAGGAAGGAGGUUUUUCUGGCCCCCUCCGGUUGCGGGACGUGCAGCUGUCAGGGGAAGCAAGUUGUGGUAGAAACGGGACGUCAAAAAAGGAGAGAAAGAAGGAAUGGCAGAUUGUGGCCCAGCAGUUUCUCCACUCAGGCUUUCCAGAGGUCAGAGAGAAAGGAAGGAAAGAGAGAAAGAAAGAAAGAAAUUGGUAAGAUGCCCAGAAUAUCUUGUAGGGGAGAUGGGAGCAUAGAAAUUUAAUAAAUAAAAGAAAAAGAAAAAGAAAGAAAUUAAUUCAUGCCCUAGCAAGGAUAAUUAAAUUUGAGCAAACUUGAGAAAGAAAAAAGAAAAGUAAAGAAAAGAAAAGAAAAGAAAGAAAGAAAAAGAAAGAAAGAAAGAAAGAAAGAAAGAAAGAAAGAAAGAAAGAAAGAAAGAAAGAAAGAAAGAAAGAAAGAAAGAAAGAAAGAAAGACAGACAGACAGACCCCUAAGGCAAUGGGAUUGCAAUCUAGAAUAGAUCACAGGUUGCCUGAGUCUAGAGAUGAUUUCCCAGAAAGAAACAAUUAAUUUGAGGCAAAUUCUGGAUUUUGGUAGUUCUCCCAUCGUUUCUCAUUUCCCAUUUCAGCCACAAGGGGGAGACUUUCCCUUCUCCCAUUUGCAACAUGGGACUAAGAUGGCCCACGACUUAUGAACAUUCAUUUAGCGACCAUUCAAAGUUACAGUAGCACUGAAUAAAGCGACUUACGGCCCGUCCUCACACUUAUGUCCAUCGAUGUGUCUGAUAACAAUUCCAGGUGCUUCGCCACCAGCUCACUUUUACGACGGUCGCAGCUGUCUUCUGGCAAGCAAAAUCAGGGCAGCAAGCUGGAUUUUGGCUUCAUGACAUGUAAUUUGCUUAACGACCGGUCCCAAUUAUGGUCGUAAGUCAAGGACUACCUGCAGAUAACAUCAGCCUACUUGGCAGGGGUGUUGUUCCCCAAAACACAAGGCCUGUUCUGAAGACUUCCUUCUGUUGCUGGGCCACAGUUCAAAAAGGAUUUUUAAACAAAUCAAUAAAAUCAAUUUCCUUUCUUCCACUCCAGUCCCCUCCAACUACUAACCAGGCUGAACCCUGCUUAGCUUCCCAGCCCAAGACAAGAUGGCUGCACCUCUGCACUGCAUUUAUCAGAGGUGAAAUCAAUCAAUCAGUCUUUGCAAAUGGCUCUCUCUUUUUAAAAUAUAAUUUUAACCGGUUGCAACACUCCCGGUGUAAGUUUGUCUGAUGGAUAAAAAAACCAGUUGCCCACUCACGUUUAAAACUUGGAGGGGAAAAAAGAAAGACUUGAAAUAAAAACAGAGACAUUGUUUUAGGAAAGGAUUCUACUCAUCUUUGUAUCCUGGGAUUGCAACUUUCCUAGGUUUCUCCAGGAAAAAAAAAAUUGUGCAAUUUCUGUCCUUUUGUCAAAUCAAAGUUUUGCAAAUGUUUGGUACCGACUUCCACCUUCGACGUACAGAAGAAACAGUUUCUUUGCCGAA